AUGAUCGGCGGUGGGACAGCGGAAGUCGGAGCUGGGACCGACACAGAGACCGGAACCGGGACUGAUGUGGAGAUCGGUGGAGGUACGAGCGUAGGUGGUUCCAACAUUGUCGCUGAAGCAGGUGAUGCUGGAAGAUUGUUAACCGGAUGGGCCGCCGACGCGUUCACUAUCGUUGGGGCAGACGUAUCUCCAUUAUCGGGGAUGAAGGUGAUCGCAACUGGCGUGGCACCGUUACCUGACUCGUCAGCGUCUCAGGAUGGCGGAAGGGGAUCAUGUCGAUAUUCCCGAAGAGGCAACCCCUCAGUCCCGACUCUCUCUCCACCACCGCAAACGCACGCUCCACCGCCUUUCACUCCUGCAGGCGUACUCCCGGUGUACUCCGGCACUCAUCCAACACAUCCCCCGCCCCCGGCGUCUUCGGGGGCGCCUCAGCCCUUGGUUUCACCAACCUCCGCCGCCACCGAUGACCAAGCCCGCAUUGCGGCCCUCGAGGGCACGGUCAACGAAAUGGCCACUAACAUGGCAGAGCUGCUCGCCCUGCUUAGAGGACCCAACCGGGCCUCCUCAAGUUCCACACCUCCGCCGGGACAAGGGCCAAUGACUGAGCCGACUCCCUGGAUUCCGCCGACUCAGGCCCCGGAGAAUAUGGAGGCACCCCCGCCGCCAACAUUGCACACGUCCAUGGCUCAUCAUGUCACCGGCCCAUAUCCGCCACCGCCGGCCCCUACGGCCGUCCCUCUUCCACUGGCAGCCUUCCUAUCCUCGGAACACAUUCUUCUGAUCGACGCUGGGAAGAAACUUGACAUGGGCAUCAAGCUUGGGAAGAUAGAAGGACCGACCGGAAAGGAGGAGCAGUCAUCAAAGAAUGCCGCUACUGGCCAUCACCAACGGGUCCUGGAUGCGUGGCGAACUGUGAUUACCGAGCGUCCUUACUUCCCCGAGCAUCCGACCAAAGAUGAACGGUACUUUCAAGCCACAGAGGAAUAUAUCAUCCGCUUUUAUCGAUGGGGUCCAUCAGAGAAUGAUGAUUCCACAGACUCUCCUCCGGUCGAGAGUAGCACAUCAUCCGGGGCACCGGAACCAGACAUGGCCAUCCAAGCCAAGCUCGCCAAUCUCAGGGCUGAAAGGGACCGCCUCCGCCGGGAGGUCGCCGAGAAGAAUGAGCUGCUUGGCGAUCAGCACCAACUACAAAAGGAGCUUGUCCAGAUCUGCGCCCAACUGCAGAGGCGUGAUCAGGAGUUGGCACAAGCGAACGCUGCCCUGGAAAGGUCCAGGAAGAGGGCCUGUGGAGGUCUGCACACAUCCUAG